GUUGAUGAGUUUGAAAAUGAACGCCGACGAACAGACUGCAUCAAGUUGAUGUCCGACCUCGAAAAUCAAUUUGUUCGGUUGAAAGAACACUUAUUUCGAGACAAAUCCUCACAAGUAUCAAAAAAGUUGGAAGAAGUUAAAAAUGGCACUGCCAAAGAAUAUAUAGAACCUCUAUCUAGACUAGAAGGCAAUUUGAAAAUUAAAUUACAAAUAGCAGAAGUUAAGUUUGAACUUCAAAAAAAGAACUUGCUAAAUAAAUGUGAUGGUGAAAAGCAGGCGGCCAAUCAAAACUAUGAGUGUGAAAAGAAAAACCUCUAUAGCAACUUACAGCAGGAACUGGAGAACAAAAUACAUCAACUCAAGCAGGACCACCACAACACUGAUAUCAACCAAUGUAAGGCC